UUCAGCGGCGCCUGCAAAUUCUUUUAAUAGUUCCCGAUUAGAUAGCGAAGAAUCCGCUCGAUUCAAUUGUACACAUGCUCUGUCGUUCCUCUCCUUCUGUCCUCGAGGCUCGAACGUGUUUCCUUAUUUCACUUUCAAGGCGGGACGGGAGGCGGGACGCGUUGAUUGUGUUGAGCUUUGAGCUGCACAGUGCACCGUCGGAGGUUGGAGUGUGGGCACAGACUUGUGCGUACGUAGAAGGGAAUUUUGUUCAGCACGCGCAGCGCAGAACGACGCUGAGCACGCACAGUGAGACCAGCAGGCGUGCGAAUAAACAAUUUAUCAUCUGGUUAUCGUGCAAUAGGUUCUCGACGCCGGUCAAAGUGUCAUCCGCCCGGCCGUUAGCCUUCCAAAGCAAGAUGGAAACGCACGCGAAAAUGAUCGCGGAUCUUCGCGAGAAGUUCUUCAAAAAGCUGGACGACGAGGGACCACCCGACUCCAGAGGUUUCCACCCAGCCGAUAUAGCCAGGAUAAAGAACAGCGACGAUUGGCUGAAACGAUUUUUGGAACAUCAUGAGUUCAAUGAGCAGGAAGCGUUUAACAUGCUUUGGGAAACUUGUACUUGGAGAAGAAAGUUCGGAACAAAUGAUAUCACAGAGGAUAAUGUGAGGAGAGAUUAUUUAGAAGAUGGUUCAAUCUUUGGCUUUAGUAAAGACAAAGAUGGCAAAAAACUUUUUAUAAUUAAGUCAAAGUUGCACGUUAAAGGAGUGAAAGAUUUUCCGGAGCUCCAGAGAUGUAUAGUUUAUUGGUUUGAGAGAUUAGAAAGAGAAGGAAAUGGAAAUCAGAUAUCAAUUUUCUUUGAUAUGGCAGAAACUGGACUUUCCAAUACGGAUAUGGAGCUUACUAAGUACCUCAUUGGUUUAUUCAAAUCUUAUUACCCACAUUUUCUAAAUUACAUCAUAAUUUUCGAGAUGCCCUGGGUUUUAAAUGCAGCUUUUAAAAUAAUAAAAUCGUGGUUACCUGCUAAAGCUGUUCCGAAAAUUAAGUUUGUUAACAAAUCCACAUUGAAGGAUUACGUCAAUCCAAACGACGCGUUGAAAUGUUGGGGAGGUAACAACGAUUACACCUUCAAAUUCGUCUCGGAGGAGCAAACAAAUGGGGAUGGCGUAUUGAAUGGUAAACUGGAUAAUAAUAAAAAGGUGCACUUUGUAGACAAUUCGCCACUCACGGAGCAAAGUCCAACUAGUAUCGGAGACCAGAUUAAUGAAGAACAAUUGUUAUCCAUAGAACCCACAGAAGUAAUUACGUUUAAUAAAGAUGGAAAUGAUAUCACUGGAACAAUUACACUUAAGAAUAUUACACCCGACAAGUCUUUAUCUUAUAAGAUAAAGACAACAUCGCCUGAGAAAUUUAGAGUACGACCUAGCUCAGGAGUUCUGCAGCCGUCUGAACAAAGAAAUGUUAUGGUUGUGCUGCAACCUGGCUACAAUGUACGCGGUCUAUUAUACAACGAUCGAUUUCUAGUCAUGUGCCUCCCAUUAAAAAAUACAAAUGCCACAACGCAAGAACUGAGUGUACUCUGGAAGUCUGAAAAAGCAACUGAGAUGCACAGACUGCGAUGUUGCGAUGGUGCCAUUGAAAAUAGCGAGACGCAAAAAUCUCAUUCCGCGCUAGCUUCUGCGGCGAUAGGAAACGAUCGUAUUGAUGCAUUUUCCUCUAAGAUAAAUCAUUUAGAAAAACAUAACAACAACAUAUACAGUGAAAUCGUUACUGUAAAAUAUAUGCUUUUAAUUUCCAUAAUACUGACAAUCUUAAUGGGAAUAUUCGUGGGCUAUGUUUUACAAGUAGAUAUAAAAAAUCUGGUGGACCAGCAAAAAUCCUGCCGGAUUCCUCACGAAACUGAUAAUACGUUUUAAAAUACGUAUUUGUAAUAAUAACAACUUUGAUACGUUAGAAACGUAAAAGAUCUUUAUCUAAACUAAAAAUCUACGAUCAUGCGAAGAUAAAAAAUAUCGUCUAUUACACAAUAUUUAACAUGUUAAUGUUUUUAUACGGUUUAUGUUCUUCCAAGAAAGAUCUAUAAAUGUUUAUUCGUGUAUUUCUCCAAAUUAAUUAAUUUGAUAUCCUGUUAUGUAAUUUUUUUGUAUACAUAUACAUAUGUAAUUAUCGUCUAAUAAGUUACCAUGUGGUGUUUUGUAAUACAGGGCAUGAAGAAGUACAGUAUAUUGUAAAACUACAUUAAAACUGCUAUUUUUAUACGUACUCUACCAAAUAUUCUGAUUGUAUUAAACUCGAAUGUGGAUUAGCAUCUAUAUAUAUAUGCGCCGAUUUUUGUACAUAUUCUUAAUGAUUCUUUCCUCAAUACUGUUGUAUUUAAUCAUUGCUUUAAUAUGGCUUGUGCGCGGUUGGUGAUUAAAUUGUUUUGAAAAUUAUAAAUUAUAAUUGUGUGGAAAA